AUGUCUAAAACAACUGAGGUGAAAGUAGUGGAAGUCCAACUGGAGGACCCUUUACCCAGUAUUGUCGAUGCCUCCCGGUUUAUUUCUGGCUCGCCCGCCGAGCAACGGGCUACCGCUGUCGAACUGACUGAUUCAGUCCGCCGCUGCGGUUUCGUGAAGGUCAUCAACCAUGGUCUCUCCGACGAGCUCAUCGACGAGCUUUUUGCAUGGAACGAGCGUUUUUUUGCAAUCGAGCCCGAGCAAAAGUUGGCUGUCGUCAACCCCCCAGGACCAUCGCCGCAGCGCGGGUGGAGUUGUGUAGGCGCCGAGAAAACCUCGCGCCUUUUCAGCAGAGGCCAGGCCUCUCUUGACCUGACCGACGCGCGGGAGCAUUUUGAUACCGGCUCUCCCCAUGACACUAGAUGGCCUUCGCGUUGGCCUGGUGAGGUGGUGGUCCCAGGAUUCAAGGCCUUCCUGGAAGACUUCUAUGUCCGAUCUCAUCAGGCUGCACUGCUCAUCCUGGAAGCUCUUGAGAUGGGGCUGAACCUGCCCGCGGGAGUAUUGAAAUCUCGUUGCGGUGGAUGUGCGAGUGAACUUCGCCUGAAUAGCUACCCUGAGAUCGAUAUCGAGGAGCUACGCCGUGGCAAGGUUAGUCGCAUCCAUCCCCAUGCUGAUCUGGGUGUCAUUACUUGCCUCUUCCAAGAUGGACUUGGAGGUCUGGAGCUCGAGGACCGAUCUCAUGCCGGCUCGUUCUUGCCUAUCCCUCCUGGUGCUCGUUCAGAAAUGGUGGUCAAUAUAAGUGAAACUUUCCAGCUGUGGACAAACAAUGUCAUUACCGCUGGAAUCCAUCAGGUCACCAUUCCACCAGAGAUGAAGACCCGCACGGAGGGCCGGAUCUCUGCUCGGCGUUCUUGUGCAUUCUUUCUCAAGGCCGAUGGUGAUGCUUCUGUCGCGCCACUACCUCAAUUCGUAACGCAAGAGCGACCAGCCGCCUACUCAGAGAUGACCGCAUUGGACUAUCAUCAGAAGCGUUUAGCUACGGCGUAUUAA